CGGCCACGUGGACGGCGGUCCUGAUUUGAAUCAGCCAACAGCGAGGCCAGACGGUGUCAUUCAUCAGACCGCCGAUGCCACCGCACUUUGGACAGAUCGUCGUCGGCCCGCCCGGGUCGGGCAAGUCAACGUACUGCCAUGGAAUCUCGCAGUUCUAUCGGGCGAUCGAGAGGGAUGUCGCUAUUGUAAAUCUGGAUCCCGCCAAUGACGGGCUGCCAUACGAAGCCGAUAUCGACAUUGCCGAGCUGAUCACGCUGGACGAUGCCAUGGAGGUCUAUGGCCUGGGGCCGAAUGGAGCCAUGAUCUUUUGCAUGGAGUAUCUCGAGAAGAACAUCGACUGGCUCGUCGAAAAGCUGCAGACGCUCGAUGGCAAAUACAUUAUCAUUGACUGUCCCGGGCAAGUCGAGAUCUUCACAAACCACCCAUCCAUGCGCAACAUCAUCGACGUCCUAUCGCGGCAACAUGAUUAUCGGCUGUGUGCCGUUCACCUCGUCGACGCCCAUUACUGUACGGAUCCUGCCAAAUACGUGGCGAUGCUUCUACUGUCGCUGAAGGCAAUGAUGCAGCUCGAGCUGCCGCAUGUCAAUAUUCUCUCAAAAGUAGAUCUGAUGGAGGCCUAUGGGACGCUAGCAUUCAACCUCGACUAUUAUACCGAAGUCCAGGAUCUGUCGUAUCUGCUCCAACGCCUUAACACUGACAACUUUGGACGAAAGUUUACAAAGUUGAACGAAGCGCUCUGUGAGCUGAUCGAGGAAUUCAGCCUGGUGGCAUUCCAGACGCUGUGCAUUGAGGAUAAGGAGAGUGUCCUCAAGGUCGUGAAGCACAUCGAUCGUGCGAACGGAUAUUUCCAUGCCGGAGACGAAGAGAACCUCCUGGAGACUGUCAUGUCGGUGCCGGUAGGCAGCUUUCUGGACGAGGUGGCGGUGGUGUCCGAGAAAUAUCUGGACCACGCCAUGACCGAUGCCGAGGGCGAGGACGACAUUGGUGUAUCCACCGAGUACUCGGACCACGUCAAGGACAUUAUCGAAAACGAAAUCAACCCAGUAUUUGAGGGCAGCCAGUGACGCAUUGGCAGGCAUCUGCCCUUGUAGUGCCCACGAAUCGAAACAUGGCACUAUGCUGAUGGCUCUUUUGAUGGAAUACACACACCCAUCAUCCGCAGCGCUGCACUGCGAUGCCACAACUUGUUCCACGAAGCUCUGUCGCUCGCUUGGACACUUCCAGCAUUCAUGGCCAAUCCCCGCUCAGUGGGGCUCCACAGAGGGCCAUGGAACGGAUACCUGACA